UUUACUUUAAUUGAUUGAUUGAUUGAUUUUUGAUAUAGAUCCUGAAAUUCGAGUUUUAUCAGUGAUGGCGGAUAUUGAUUCUUCUUCUACUGGAGGAAAGAAAGAAGAGCUGACGUUGUUUUUGCCGCCGGGAUUCCGAUUUCAUCCAACCGAUGAAGAACUCAUCACACACUACUUAUCAAAGAAGGCUAUGAACAACGAUUUCUCGGUCAUUUCAAUCGGAGAAGUUGAUCUCAACAAGGUUGAGCCAUGGGAUUUGCCUUGGAAAGCAAAAAUGGGGGAGAAAGAAUGGUACUUUUUCUGUGUGAGGGAUAAGAAGUAUCCGACUGGUUUAAGAACAAACAGAGCUACAGCGAAAGGAUAUUGGAAAGCAACAGGGAAAGACAGGGAGAUUUUCCGGGGAAGAUUCUUGAUUGGAAUGAAGAAAACUCUUGUGUUUUACAUGGGUAGGGCACCUAAAGGAGAGAAAUCAAACUGGAUUAUGCAUGAAUACCGUCUUGAAGGAGAAAUCCAAAACUAUGAAUGGGUUAUUUGUAGGGUUUUUCACAAAACUGCCGGCGGGAAGAAAAUAUCCAUCUCAGAUUUAUUUCCGGUUAUGAAUUCAACUAUAGCCGCCGGCACCGCCGGCGGUGCCGGCGGCGGUGGCGGUGGCAAAGCCAGUCCUAUUACAUCAUUAACAGAUCAGUCCUCUUCUUCUUAUGCUUUCUCUGACGUACCCUGCUUCUCCAAUACCAACCAACUGGAUAUCAAAGAUUACAUCAUCAAACAUGAUUCCUCACCAGCACCACCACCGCCUCCACCGCCACCGCCGCCGCCAUCUUUCCCCAUGAUGAAUCCGAUCCAACAAUACCCAGAUCAACCUUUGAUUCAAGAUCAAACCUUUAUGAUGAAUUCAGUCGAUUACAUGAAACAGAACAUGAAAACAGAGUUUGUAAGCAUGUCUGAUCAGGAAUAUACAUGCAUGGGCGACGACGACGACAUUCCGGUAUUGUCGCACUGGGAAACGGACCGGCCUCCAUUUCAAGGGCCGGAGAUAUCAGCUUUGCAAAUGGGUUCCGGCGGUCUUUGGUUUUUUGACCCUUGA